UGGAUAGAGACAGUAAAUUUGUAAGGCUGGAUCUCAUGAACCGAUAUUAUGACUUUUGAACACUAUUAAGGUGAAGAGAGAGUGCGGACCACACAUGUGGGACUAUGGUGUUACGGACGAGAACACUGCACACGAUGGCGUGCGGUGCAACGGCACUGCGUUCCAGCAGAGCUUGCCUGCACCAGACAGUGAUCAGCUAUCGUCGAAGCUGCAGCGCUUCAUGGCGAGCCUAAGAAAGAGCCGCGGCUUCUACGGCAACCUAGCCGAGUCGCUGUGUUCCGACGAGAGCUUCGCUGAGACCAGAGACACGGCAGACUGCUGGAACGGCCAGCGCGUCGGAGAGUAUACAAAGACGGUUGUGGUAUCUAGUCUGAUCGCCCAGAAGUACAAUCCAGAGCUGGAGUGGGUUCCAGUCACGCCCGACUCGCGCAUUGCGGAGCUCAGCGACCAGCUGCGACACUUAAAGCAGGUGGUGUUCAGCCAGCUGACGGAGGCCCCCACGGCGCUGUCCCUCGUCCGCUACGUGGAGGGCAGCGGCGGCGACACAGGCCCGCCUGGCAGCUGGGACAGCGAGCCGGAGGACGCCUGGAGGGCAGAGGGCUCCGGCUCUGGGGAGAAGCCGGUCGUUGUUGGAGGUGAGACGAUGUCAACAGACAAUACUGUUUAUCCCUCUUCGGAUGAAGAAAGUGACAAACAAGGAACGAGCACCUCCAGUGACAGACUUCCAGCUGACACAGUGCUCACUGUCUGCUGCGUUAUACUUACAAGUCGUAUCCUGUACGUAGUCAGUAUGUGGUAAUCAGCACAAAGCCUUCCUUAAGCCGUGUGCUUCAAAUCUCUCUCCGAUUCUAGAUGUUAAAGAGAGGUCAGAAACGACACUAUGAUUCGCUCUAUGUACUGGAUUUUCAUAGGCACUCUGUGAUAACGUAAUUAAAAAGUUAUACAUUGCCCUCAAGAGGCAGCUGUACCAAUUUUUUGUUGAAGAAUUUAAUCAGUUUUGGAAAUGCUGUUGCCUUUGGAUGAGAAAAUGUCUAGUAACAUCAAGAUACUUCAAAAGACUUUAUGACUCUUUGAGUAGUAGACUUAAGUACAAAAGCCCUUGAGCUAGGCUCCCAUGUGUAAAGAAGGUGGUGUGCAUAUCGUUAAUAAAAAUUUCGUAAGCUUUGUACGUUUCAGAACUCACCAUUUAGUACUGAGUGUUUAUUUAAAUUAUAUACUCUGUGGUCUGAAAAGAAGACAAAAUGUGAAGAAUGUGACACAUUAAAGAAAACAUGAAAUAUCGUUUUUAUUUGUGUCUCACAAUGUAAUCAAUACAUGCUGAAAAAUUUAACAAUGUUUAACAAUAAACUCUUACAGAAGUUACAAACUUGUA